CCGCCCGGCCCCGCCCCCGGCCCACGUGGUCCAGCGGCGCUCAGCUGCGGGUCCGCGCGCGUGGGACCAUGAGCGAGCCGCCGGCCGAAGUGGUCGCCUUCCUGCGCGAGCACCCGAGUCUGCGGCUGGAGCCCGGCGCCCUCAAGGUGAGGUGCGCUCUGACGGGUCAUGAGCUGCCUUGCCGCCUGCCCGAGCUCCAAGUCUACACCCGCGGCAAGAAGUACCGGCGGCUGGUGCGUGCCUCCCCGGCCUUCGACUACGCCGAGUUCGAGCCGCACAUCGUGCCCAGCACCAAGAACCCGCACCAGCUGUUCUGCAAACUCACCCUGCGGCACAUCAACAAGGCCCCAGAGCAUGUGCUGAGGCACACCCGGGGCCGACGGUACCAGAGGGCGCUGCAGAAAUAUGAGGCGUGUCAGGAGCAGGGUGUGGCGUUCGUGCCCGCCUGCCUCCUGCACAAGAGGAAGAGGAGGGAGGACCGGCCAGAAAGCGACGGGCCAGCUCGCCCCGGACAAGCCUUCUGGGAACCUGUGUCCAGCGACGACGGCACAGCCCCAAGUGACAGUGACGACAGCAUGACAGACCUGUACCCACCCAAGCUGUUCACUAGAAAGGACCUGGGAGGGACCGAGCAUGGGGACGGCAACGACGACCUCCUGACCGACGAGGAGGAUGAGAAGCCACGGCGCCCCAGAGCGACGGGCCCCGGACACGGCGAGCACACGGCCGUGGGCCGGGAGCGGGUCCUCAAGCGCGGGCAGAAGCAGCCCAGCUCGGUGAAAAAGAAGUUCAAGAGUCAUCACUGCAAACCAAAGACCUUCAGCUCUUUUAAGCAGUCGGGUUAAUAAAGGUGGCUGGAGAAGACCCCGAGAGCCUUUCGAGAACCCCCUGGCGUCCCCCCCGUGUCCCAGCCACCCGCCAGCAUCUCUGAACUGGUGGGAUGGCCAAGGCCUGCUCCAUCCACUCCGCCUCUGCAGGUCUCACACCCACACCCAGGAGGCAGCAGGGGCCCCGAGGGAAGAAUUCUGCCUGGAUGUGGCCUUCGGUGAAGCCGGCGGGGCACCAGAGCAGCGCCCUGGACAGGCUCCCCCUGGCUGGACAACACCAGAGGCUCACACUGCAUACAACAAAUGCCAUUAUUUAUUAUUUUGUCGUGUCUCCAAAAAUCAAAAUGUUUUCAAACACAACUAAGAUAUAAAAUACAGCAUAAAAUGAGAUUCAUAUCUAUUUCCCACAUAAAGCCAAAACUUUUUCAGAAAUUGGUUUGCCAAAACCAAUUGGUGGAUCCUGGCUCUCCCGCCUCCCAGCAGAGGCGUGUACUCCCCCACUAUGCACUAGCCCCCUGAGCUCGGUGGGGGUGGGGGGCAGGAACAACCCCCCCACGUGAGGGUGGCCUGGGGGGAGGGAGCUACACCAAAAACAGAGCCACGCAGUAGCUGCGACCUGGCUGAGGGGGCGCUCACUGGGGCUGUGGUGCUGUGGGAAGGAGGAAGAGACCCCCACCCACCCAGGUUGAGACCACCCCUUGUGUGGGAGCACCCCAGUGACUGGGGGGAAGUCAACACGCAGGCCUGGGGGGGUAGGAGCAUCCUGGGGCAGGCCUCCACAGGGGCUAGGGCACCGGUGGGUGCUGGCCAGGUGGCCAUCACUCCCCUGACCUCAUUUGGGUCCCGGCUGCAGAGCCAGGGAGGCUCUAAGAGCACUAGGGGGCAAGAGCUGGCCUCCCCCGCCCCGUGAGCCGCCCUGGGCAGGGGUGGCGGCGCUCCCCACCGCACCGCUGGUCUGCAAGGCAGACGUGGGGCCUGGCUCAGGCCCAGCCCAUUAGCCCCAGGGUGGGGGCCCUCGGGCUUGCGCCCCAGCUGACAGACCAGAGAGGGUACGGGCGCUCCAAGGCGGGCCUCAUUCCGAGUGGGGCCGGCCUCGCCAGGUCGGCCUGACCCCCAGAGGGACCCGGGAGAGGACAGUGGGAGGCACGUGUUCCCCCUGCUCGUGGCACCCGCUACGAGGCAGAGGAGCGGACAGCAGCGCCCACCCCCCCCAAGAAGAGAAACACAGUGUAAGGCAAUGUUAGAAAACUUUAAAUACAGGAUCGAGAUCCAAUCGGUAAGGCAUCACAAAUCGUAAAAAGUAAUUUGGGCUGCAUUCAGCA